GGACGUGCGCGCCGUGUGGGGCGCGCACGCAGGGCUGGGCGAGAGGGGGCGUGCGCGUGCGCAGGCGACGCGCCGAGGGACUAGGCAGAGCUGUGGAACCGCCGCCAGGUCGCUGUCGGUCCACGCCGCCCGUCGCGCUGCCCGCCCGCUCAGCGUCCGCCGCCGCCAUGGGAGUGCAGGUGGAAACCAUCUCCCCAGGAGACGGGCGCACCUUCCCGAAGCGCGGCCAGACCUGCGUGGUGCACUAUACCGGGAUGCUUGAAGAUGGAAAGAAAUUUGAUUCCUCCCGGGACAGAAACAAGCCCUUUAAGUUUAUGCUAGGCAAGCAGGAGGUGAUCCGAGGCUGGGAAGAAGGGGUUGCCCAGAUGAGUGUGGGUCAGAGAGCCAAACUGACUAUAUCUCCAGAUUAUGCCUAUGGUGCCACUGGGCACCCAGGCAUCAUCCCACCACAUGCCACUCUCGUCUUCGAUGUGGAGCUUCUAAAACUGGAAUGACAGGAAUGGCCUCCUCCCUUAGCUCCCUGUUCUUGGAUCUGCCAUGGAGGGAUCUGGUGCCUCCAGACGUGUGCACAUGAAUCCAUAUGGAGCUUUUCCUGAUGUUCCACUCCACUUUGUAUAGACAUCUGCCCUGACUGAAUGUGUUGUCACUCAGCUUUGCUUCCAACACCUCUGUUUCCUCUUCCCCUUUCUCCUCGUAUGUGUGUUUACCUAAACUACAUGCCAUAAACCUCAAGUUAUUCAUUUAAUUUUGUUUUCAUUUUGGGGUGAAGAUUCAGUUUCAGUCUUUUGGGUAUAGGUUUCCAAUUAAGUACAUGGUCAAGUAUUAACAGCACAAGUUAUAGGUUAACGUUAGAAUAGGAAUUGGUGUUGGGGGGGGUUGCAAGAAUAUUUUAUUUUAAUUUUUUGGAUGAAAUUUUUAUCUAUUAUAUAUUAAACAUUCUUGCUGCUGCGCUGCAAAGCCAUAGCAGAUUUGAGGCGCUGUUGAGGACUGAAUUAUUCUCCAAGUUGAGAGAUGUCCUUGGGUUAAAUUAAAAUCCCUACCUGAAACUGAGGUGAGGAUGGGGGGAGAGCCUUUGCCUCCACCAUUCCCACCCACCCUCCCCUUAAACCCUCUGCCUUUGAAAGCAGAUCAUGUUCACUGCAAUGUUGGACACUACAGGUAUCUGUCCCUGGGCCAGCAGGGACCUCUGAAGCCUUCUUUGUGGCCUGACUUAUUAUUAUUUUUUUUCAUCCUGUGGUUUUUCUAAUGGACUUUCAGGAAUUUUGUAAUCUCCUAACUUUCCAAGCUCCACCACUUCCUAAAUCUUAAGAACUUUAAUUGACAGUUUCAAUUGAAGGUGCUGUUUGUAGACUUAACACCCAGUGAAAGCCCAGCCAUCAUGACAAAUCCUUGAAUGUUCUCUUAAGAAAAUGAUGCUGGUCAUCGCAGCUUCAGCAUCUCCUGUUAUUUGAUGCUUGGCUCCCUCUGCUGAUCUCAGAGUUUCCUGGCUCUUCCUCCCUUAGCCCCUUCUCACCCCUUUGCUGUCCUGUGUAGUGAUCUGGUGAGAGAAAUCGUUGCUGCACCCUUCCCCCAGCACCAUUUAUGAGUCUCAAGUUUUAUUAUUGCAAUAAAAGUGCUUUAUGCCGGCUUUUCUCA